GGGGACAGAAAGGACUUGGCAAGGCCCUUGCUUCCAGCCAGCCCUGCACCUGCCGUGCUGCCCAGGAUCUUGCCUUGCAGAGAUGAUCCCAGGAAAGCUACUAGCAGCGGCUGCCGCCUCUUGUACGGAUCUGCCGGGUCAGUAGGCGGCAGAUGCCGUCGCAGACAGGGUUGCAUCAGCUUCGUACCUGUAGAAGCAAAAUCCCCUCCUGCCCAGAGAGCGGGGGGCGCGUUUGCUGGCUUCCUGGGGCGAGGAGGCUGGCUGGGAAGGAAAGCCCUGCGAAGAGGCGUUUGUCCUUCAUCACUGCAGCCUGGAAGAGUCGCAUCCCUGGGGUCGAAGGUGCAGGCAGGGACAGAGCCAGGACACUGGCCUCCUGACGCACAUCAGCAGCAGGCCUGGGGGAGCUGGGCUCGCUCCUGAGCCCACUGGCCUGCAGGUACCUCGCAGGGCUGGCCACUGCACGGCAUCCGGAAAAAGGACAGCUGGGGGCCAGCCCUUCCUCUCGGAGUGCGGCCUUUGUGUCCUGCCCUUUAGGGGAUAAUCGCCUCCUUGCUGGGCCGGGUAUUGACCAGCAGAAGAGGCUGCAUUGAGCAGGUUCUUGCCAGGGAGCUGGAGUGGAAGUGAGGAAGAGCCAGGCUGGAUUUGGAGAGGGUGCGGAUACCAGAGAGUCCCCCUAGGGAGCCAGGACUCUGGGCAAGCAGCACUGGAGCCUGCAUCUCCUCUGCCUUUCAGAUAACCUCUAGUGACUGGGGCCUCCAGUCCGCUGGUCCUUUGCCUGGCACAGGGAGAGGAGCCAGUCCCGCAAGGCAGGAGCCUCCUUAAACAACAGAGCUUUGAAGCCCCCCAGCCCAGCCCAGCCCAGCCUUUUCCUGCGAGGCACGUGGAGCUGAGGCUGGGGCAGCGCGACAGGGCUGAUCCGUGGCUACACUUCUGCACUCCCACCAACAGAGCCCGGUCCACUCCCCAGCAGGACGCUUCCUGGCUCUGGCUCUGUUGCCCAGCUACUACCCUGGGGGAGCUGCAGGCUCCACAAACCUCAGUGACUGCGAGUGGGAGAGACAAAGUCAGAGCAAAGGAAUUCACACACACAUUCUUCAGUCCUGCCAGGAUCUUACCCAGAAAGAGGAAUACAGGCUGGGUGGGGGCACCUGUGGGAAGGUGCAGGGAUCCCUCCUCGCAGGCUGGACUGCUGGGAGCUGUCCUGGGAUGAACUGGAGCCCUGAUUCAUCUGCUCCAGGGCCAGGAGAAAGCCUGGCUGUCCCUCAGCCUCUUGCCUGAGUUUGCUGUUUCCAGCUGAUGAUGCUCUGGCUUGGAAAGCGACACCACACAGAGAGUGGGAGAUCUCUCAGCGACAGGCCUGCCACAGGAUUAAGCAUCUGAGAAAGGCACUGCGGGGAGGAAGAGCUUUGAUCAUCAGAUUGGAACCAAGGAGCAGAAAGACUCCGCUCAGCAGGAUGCUGCUGUGACUGCAGCCACUUCCUGUGCACGCCUCCAUCUGCGGAAGCAGCACCUCCAGGAAUGCGGGGGAAGCUAGGGUGACAGGAAUCCAGAAGGAACUUUUUUGCCUAGAACUGCCCCUUUCUCCCAGGAUGUGCCCCUGCUCCAGCGGCUUUCUCCAGCCCUAUCGCUUCACUGCCCGAACACGAUUGAAAGCUCUGCAUGCUGCCAGCGUGUUUUAGCCUCAUGCAGGCACCCCUUGCAGAACCCAGAGCAGCGGACAGCAAUGUGAAAACAAUCCUCAUGUCGUGUCUCAAAGGGCAACAGGUCAUCAUCAAAAUGGAGGCGAUGAAGAUCAUCCACCCAGAGAAGUUCUCGGAGCUACAGGCCUCCCAGCCACGCUACACCUCAGCGCCCCGCCGGGAGCCCCCUCUCGUGGCCAAGCGCGCCUGGCCAUCAGAGUCCGAGAUCAUUGUCAAUCAGGCGUGCGGGGAUAUCCCUGCCCUGGACAAUAACCCUGGCUCUCUGGGGCUGCCCCGGACUCCACCCCUGCCGCGGCGAGAGCGAAUAUACCAAGCACAGCGCAAGGGCAGCUCAGAGGUCUGUUACCACCGCCAGCCACCCUCAGACGAGGUGAUCGUUAACCAGUACGUACUGCACCCCUCCACACCGUGCGAGCCCCUCGAGUGCCCCACCUGCGGCCACAUGUACAACUUCACCAACAAGCGGCCCCGCAUCCUCUCCUGCCUGCACUCGGUGUGCGAGGAGUGCCUGCAGAUCCUCUAUGAGUCCUGCCCCAAGUACAAAUUCAUCUCCUGCCCCACCUGCAAGCGGGAAACCGUGCUCUUCACCGACUACGGGCUGGCCGCGCUGGCGGUGAACACCAGUAUCCUGAACAGACUGCCCACUGAGGCCCUGGCCACCAACCCCGUGCAGUGGAGCAGCGACGCCGACCGCAGCUGCUACCAGACCUUCCGCCAGUACUGUGGUGCAGCCUGCACCUGCCACAUCCGAAAUCCACUGUCUUCCUGCACCAUCAUGUAACCUGUGCACCCCGCUCUGCCUAGCCCCGCACCGCCUCCCUGCCCCGGGGGCCGGACCGUGUGAGAGACGACCACGCACCAGUCCCAGGGGACAACAGGACUGAGUGAGGGUGGCAAGUCUCAGUAGCUCCCCUGGCGCUGCAGGUGCUAUACAUGUCAUCCCCUGGCCCAGCUCCCCACGCCAGCACAGGGCAUCCCAACCUCCUCAUCGCUCAAGUUUAGGUGGGGGCAGCUGGGAACGCAGCCCCCUUGGUAAUCUGAAGCCACUGGCUGAGCAGAGGCCUGGCAGUGCUCCAGAGUGAGGGACAUUCCUAUCCUGUGGCUCACGCUCCCCCUGUGCGUCUGGACAGGUGCCACUGAACCCCUUGUGCUCACUGCCUGGGGAGCUUGCUUCCCGUUGCCUUCCGCUGGCUCUGUGGCCUGGUCAGGGGGAAGCAGCUCCACCCAGGCACGGCCCCACCAUUGGCCUGGCUGACCCAUGGCGCUGACGCCCCCAUGCAGCACAGCACACUCAACCUACAGAGGUGAGGAGCCUGGGAGCUUCCCAGGGCUGAGCUGGGCUGCACGUGAGACCUGAACCUGCCUCCCACAGGGAUGGGAUAGGAGGUUGCCAAACGUCAGACACAUCCUCUCUGCAUUAUUUGCCAAAGCUUUCAUCUCAGUGGCCAAGCUGACAUGCAUCAAAGUAACUGCAGCAAUUAAACCCGUUGCCAUUGGCCUCCCAUUAUUAACAGACGUAGCCCAUUUCCUCCACAGGCCCUCCAGGAAAGCUCCCAUUUGUCCUCGUUUUGGAGGAUCUUUGUUUGCCCAUCCCUGUCUGGGGACACCCCGUCCUUUGGGUGGUUUGUGUUAAUAAAGGCAUUGAGUUGUGA